AACCGGGAACGGGGGAGCCGGGCUUGGGGCGGCUCCGCUGCGGCCGCCGGUGGAUCUGUACCGGAGCCGGUGCCCCCCGCGCCCCCCGGUAACGGAAUUCGGGUGGAGGAACGGGGAGAUGCCCCCGGUAACGGGGUCAGGGAGCGUAGAACGGGGAGAUCCCCCCGGACACCGGAGGAUUCCCCCGCCCCGCCCGGCCGAGCGGACACGUGCGCGCUCCCGGGGCCGCGGGGCCGCGCGGGCUCCACUCGCUCCCCAUUGGUUGCUCCGCGCGUCAAUCAAUGACGCCACAGGGGAUUCCGCGUCUCUAUUGGCUGAGCUGGCGACCGCACCGCCCCCCGGAGUUCCCGGGACGCCGUUGGGAUGCGGCGGGCGCCCCGCUGCCCGGGGAUGCGCAGCGCGGCUCGGAGUUUCCCCGGCGGCGGCGGGCGCUGAGCUCCGGGAGCACGAUGGACACCGGGAUCGGAGACACCGGGAUCGGGGCCUCGCUGGCCUGGAGCCCCGGGGCGGCCUCGCAGCCCCCGCCCGGGCUGGGGGUGAAGUUGGGGUCGUUGGUACUGCUGCUGCUGCUGCCUCUCGCCUGCGGCCUCGCACCCCUCUGGUGCUUCCGACAGCCCCCCGACCCCCGCAGCCCCGUGCUCAGCCUCGUGAGCUGCUUCUCGGGCGGGGUUUUCAUGGGCACCUUCCUCCUGGACCUCCUGCCUGACUACCUGGGCAGCAUCGCCGCGGCGCUGGAGGGGCUGCGCAUCACGCUGCAGUUCCCCCUGCCCGAGUUCAUCCUGGCCAUGGGUUUUUUCCUGGUGCUGGUGCUGGAGCAGGUGACGCUGGCACAGCGCGAGCUGGCCGAGCCUCCCGAGGAGUCGCGGGCGCUGCUGCCCAACGGUUCCUCCAUCCAGGCCACGGCUCCCGGCGGCGGCGGCGGCCCCGGUGUCCCGGUGGGCUCGGCGGUGCCCGGUGCCCCCGGGGCGCUGCGGGCCGCGGCGCUGGCGCUGGCGCUGGCGCUGCACGCGGUGCUGGAGGGGCUGGCGCUGGGGCUGCGCGAGGGCGACGCGGCGGCGCUGCGGGUGCUGCUGGCCCUGCUGCUGCACAAGGGCGCCGUGGCCUUCGGCCUCUCGCUGGAGCUGCUGCGGAGCCGCCUGCGCCCGCCCGCCGUGGCCUCGUGCCUGGUGCUGCUGGCCCUGAUGUCCCCGCUGGGCGUCGGGGUGGGCACGGCGCUGGCGGCGGGCGCGGGGCCGCGGCAGCGCCUGUGCCGGGCCGUGCUGGAGGGGUUGGCGGCCGGGACCUUCCUCUUCGUCACCUUCCUGGAGAUUCUGCCCCAGGAGUUGGGGGUGCCACGGAAUCGCAUCCCCAAGGUCAUCCUGAUCCUCGCCGGCUUCGCGUUGGUCAGCGCCAUCCUCUUCGUCAAGGGAUGAGAUCUCCCGGGAUCCGCACCCCAGCCUUGGAGGAUCUCGUGGAAUUCCUGUACCCCGAAGUGCCAAAGUGCCUCUCCCAGCUCUGUGCCUCAGUUUCCCUGUCUAAACUGUCCUCUUUCUCAAGCCCGGCCUGGGAUCCCCCAUUCUUGCUCCUGGAAUUUGUGUCCCACCCUGCACCCCCUUUUCCAAAGUGCCAAAGUGCCUCUCUCAGCACUGUGCCUCAGUUUCCCCAUCUGCACAAGGAUCGGUGCUGUGACACCCCCCCCCCCCCCUUCAGGACCCCGGGAGGGGGUGAGUGUCCCCCCCCACCCCAUAACCACAAGUGCCCUUACGGACUCCCCCGGAUUUGGGGGUGUUGGAUGAAGCAAAUAAAGGACUGAACCCCAAA